UGUAGAAAUGAUUGUAUCAUCAUUCAUGGGAAUCUGUUGGUUGAACUGGUUGUGGGGCUCGCGCAAGUUUAAUCUGGGACAUGAUAGACUCGGUUGUCAAGAAUACUUUUUGUCAGAUCAAGUUGUGAAACUGGGCCGGACCGUGAACAUUAUUAAAGUUAAUCUACAAGACGAUACCACAAUGUCAGCGGUAGUAAAACGAAUUAUACAGACGAAAAAAGCACCGAAAGCUAUUGGCCCAUACAGCCAGGCUGUAGUGGCUGACCGUACUCUCUAUAUUUCUGGUCAGUUGGGUUUAGAUCCAGAAACCAUGAAUCUUGUUGCAGGAGGACCGGAGGCAGAAGCAGAUCAAGCAUUAAAGAAUAUGGGUGCUAUUCUAGAAGAGGCAGGAGCAACUUUUAAUAAUGUUGUUAAAACCACGGUAUUACUUCAAGAUAUAAAUGAUUUCGCACGAGUUAAUGAAGUUUAUGCAAAAUAUUUUAACCAAGCUUUACCAGCCAGAGCUGCCUAUCAAGUUGCCGCUUUACCAAAGAGUGGUAAAGUUGAAAUAGAAGCCAUUGCACUUUUAGGAGAGUUAAAAAUAGAGUAACAAACGUAUACAUUCAAUUGUUAUUGGAAGGAUUUUAAGUUUUUAUAUUUAGCAGGUAUCUAAAUAAUAAAAACAAAUUAUAUGCUAAUUAUCUUGUGUUGAUGAUGAAUUGUUUUGUAAUUACUGUCAAAUUUGAAAUAUUAAUUUUUACAUGAAGCAUUAUGUAAGAAUUAGAUAAAGUGCUGACUGUUCUUGUUCAAAAUAGAUAAUGAAAAAUGAUAAUAUUGAAAAUUUCAUUCAAAUUACUUUAUUCUGAGCAAAGUUUGGAACAUUUGAAGAUGUAGCAAGAAUUGUUUAUGAUUGUAUAUAGAAACAGUACUGGACAAAGGAGACUAAGUUUUGAUUAUCCAUUUCAUUGUUGACAUGGGCUAAUAUAGGCAGGACUAGUUAAGAAGUUAUAAACUUAAAUAUGAUUAAAAAUAGCAAAUAUAAUUUAUGCUAUAUAUUUAGUAUAAAUGUAUUCUAGUCUAUUAGGCAAUAAUUUCAUAUUUACAAUCAGUGAUAGAUUACUUUUACUGAUAGCCUACCCCGUGUAUAUUAAAUAUAUUUUUUCAGCCUCCUUGAGUGAGAGUAAUGACUGUUUGCGAUGGUGGGAAGUUUUGAAAUGGAAUCUUUAUAAUUGUAUCAUAUGCUUGGAAAUUACUCAAUAAUCCUAGUCCAACUCUAAUGUUUAAUUGUUUAGAAUAUUAAAUAUAAUUUUAUUCUUUAUAUAUAAAUUUAUACUGCAUAUGCCUAUAAAAUAUUAAAUAUUAUUUUAUAUUUGCCAAUAAAAUGAGAUUUAAUCUAGCAAUGCCCCUUCUUGAAGUGUCUUAUGAAUUCUGUGGAUUAGGUGAUGGUAUAUGGCAGGUGUAUCUGUAAUAAAAUCAUUUCUCCUUUCA